ACAGUCGCCACUAUGGGUAUGACCAGAGAAGAGUUAAUGAGACGGUAUCAGUCGGAUGCUGCAACAACACUUGGAGACCCGAAGAAGAAGAAGAAGAAGAAGAAAAGUAAAAGUUCCUCUUCCAGACACAGCGGCAGUAAGGUAUCCAUUCGCUCGAACACUGGUCUGCGGAUAAUAGACGAGGAUGACGACUUGUUUCCCAGUAUGCAUAAGUAA